AGAUCGGGUAUUGGAAUGCAAUAUUCGGAAUAUGCAUGCUCCUCCAUCACCGUUAGUAGAGAACUACCUGCGGGAAGCGGGAUUUUGGCACGUGGCGACGGUAGGCCGGGGAUGCAAGUUGGAGACGAAACUGAUCAGUGCGUUGAUCGAGAGGUGGAGACCUGAGACGCACACAUUUCAUCUUCCAUGUGGAGAGUGCACUAUCACUCUAGAAGAUGUCCAUCUGCAUUUGGGAUUGCCGGUGGACGGGCACCUAGUCACUUGGUCUGCCCAAUCUAACAAUUGGGAGGCGGUGUGCUACGAGCUUUUGGGCGCCGUUCCGGAUAAAAUGGAUGGAGGUAAGGUGAAGAUGGGCUGGUUACGUGCCACCUUCCCCGGUCUGAAUGAAAAUUCAACCGAAAUUGAACGAAUCCGAUAUGCUCGAUCAUACAUUCUUCAAAUAAUUGGAGGCUAUCUCAUGGCCGACACGUCACGGAGUCGUGUACAUCUAAGGUGGCUACUAAAACUCGUUGAUUUUAGAGCAGCCGGUGAAUUUAGUUGGGGGUCUGCCGUUUUGGCAACAUUAUAUCGGGAGAUGUACGGGGCGACCAAACCGAUGAGAGCAAAAAUCGGAGGAUGCCUGUCACUACUGCAAUCAUGGGCACGGUUUCGCUUUCCAUUUCUACGUCCUCGAGUGAACCACCCAUAUACAUUCCCACUCGUAACGAGGUGGAACCAUCCGGCGAGUUAUCGUGGAUUACCGUCUGAACUUGAAGAUAUACGGCUUCUAUUGGACCAACGGUCGGAAGCAGAAGUAAGUAUUACAUUUAGAAUUGCAGAGGAGGAAUCGAUGGCUCACUUGUUUCGUGAUUGUGCCUCAUCAAAGCAAGUGCUGGAGGGAAUUGGGGUGAAGCUCUUAGCAGUAAACAUGCAACAAAAUUGGAAACAAUGGUUAAAGGAGGAGGCAUAA